GGGGCGGGUUCCUGCCAGGGCUCUGGCUGCAAGUGGCCAGGCCAGGGAAGGGCUGCUGGCUGGGGCAGCUGGGCCGCAUGGUACCAUGGUGAGAGUGCUGGAGAAGGCGACAGCCAGUACUGUCAUCCCUGGAGAUGGGCAGCAUCAGCCUCUGCUAGGUGCAGCUGCCCCUCAGCCGGAAGAAGGGAGCUCCACUCGGGUGCUGGCUGUGUGUGAGUGCAGCAGGGAGCGGCUGGGACUUCAGGACCUCUGCAGAGAGGACUUGUUGCUCGCAGGGCUGGUGUCCAAAGGGAUUGUCUGUGUUCUGCUCCCUGACUGGAGCCUAGCAGGUGCGCUGGGACUCUGCACCCUCUCACCGUGUGUGUGCCUGCGAUGGGGCGUUUGUGAGGAUUCAGGCUCCUGCCAUGCACCCAACAGGGACCCCGGAUGGUGGCUUUUCUCGGUGUGCUGUGCAAACACUUUCCCGCAGCCACUGCCGGAACAUCAAACAGAAGAUCUCCCAGUGGGAGGGGAAGACUAGAGGGGGCUGCAGCGAGGACAGACAGCAGCCGAAGGACUUUGGGGUACAGUACGACCAUGGCUGUGAGGCUCUACCGAAGGCCAAGCCAUGGGGCUGUGGGAAUGACGGAAAGGCAGGGCUAGCAAACUCAAAGAGCUUGGGCCUGGACUUCAGGGAAAAGGGCAGGAACCAUUCUCAGAGCGAGGGUGACAGUGAGAGAGAUGGUGAUCGCGGUACCUCAGAGAUCCUCAGGCCCAAAGUGCACACAUGCUGCCCGAUUUCCCGGGUUGAGGAGAAUGGAGACUGGCGGGGAGGCCUCCUGGACCCAGAGCAGACACUGCCACCAGGGAACUUCUACACCUCACGAGGGCUGUGGAAGAACAUAGAAGCUGUUCCUCCUGACAAGGUCCUAGCGAUGGCAUUGGAGCUGAAAAGGAAAAGAGAGAGCUGUGGCUCGACAGAGCGAGAACUACAUGCUGGGGGAGUGGAGCCCCUCAAUGUGAUGGAGAGGAGCUUCAAAAACAUUUAUUCGGAGGCCGAGGGACAGGAGACAAGGCCUGCUGCCAUCCCUCCCCCGAAGCCCCGCAGGACUUUCCGCUAUCUGUCAGAAAGGGACCAAACCAGCUGCGGUAGAGAAAAGCCACUGGAAGGCCAGUGUAAGGAUUCCCCAGUAGGCUCCUCCCACGAGCCCGAGCAGAGAGAGGCAAAUGGGAAAAUCAGAGGGAGAUCCAAGAGGAAAUCCUUUGAGUUUGAAGACAUCCAGGGCUUCCGCAGUCGGAUGGCAGCCACCAGCUCCCAGAAGCUCCAUGAGGAGCUGAAUAGCAGCUCGGGAUCUAGACUCUUCUACACACAGUCAGAGGACAACAUCUACGAGGACAUUAUCUAUCCUGCUAAGGAGAAUCUGUAUGAAGAUAUCAAAGUGUUGCCUUUACCAUUGUGGAGGGUACCGUCAGCCUGGAAGUUACCACCCCCAAAGAAUGCCUUCAAGCCUCCCAAGCUCCCUCCCAAGCCUACCUUCCUCCAUCGCAAGACACUGGAGCUGAAAGCUGCCCGUGCAUGCCUCCGUGGGAAGGACACGACCCUGCCCGUUACGCUUACAGAGUGGAAGCUGUUCCGAGCAGGGGAGGCUGCUGGUAGGAAAAGGAAGAACCUUCCCCAGCUUGUGUUAAAAAUACAGGAGAUCUUUGAGUCUAAACGUGGGAAGAAGAGAGUGAAGUUACUCGCUUAUACAGGGAAAGAAGCUCCACCAGCAAAAGGUGAAACCAGCGGGAAUGAAAGUGAGACGGAGAAUCUGCCGAAAAGUCACCACAAACGCCUGCUGCAAGUACAGUUGACCUCCAAGAGGAACCCGCACUAUCAGACCCUGGAGCGGGAUCUGAUUGAAUUCCAGGAGCAGCAGCUGUUUGAGCUUUUUGUGGUGGUGUCCCUGCAGAAGAAGCAGUCGGAGACGACAUACACCCCACAGGUCAUACAGCAGUUCCCCAGCAAGCCCGAGCAUCCCUUCAGGCAGUCAAAGGAUACCGAGGAGAGGCUAAAGGUCAUCCCCAAGUUCUGCUUUCCAGAUCCCAAAGCCUGGCUUCCAACAUCAGAGCUCAAAAGUGAAACCUUUUCCUUCGUGCUGACAGGCGAGGAUGGCAGCCGCUGGUUCGGUUACUGCAAGAAGCUCUUGCCAGAAGGGAAAGGGAAGCGGCUCCCAGAGGUGUACUGCAUGGUGAGCCGCCUGGGCUGCUUCAACCUCUUCUCCAAGAUUCUGGAUGAGGUAGAGAAGAGGCGAGAGAUGUCCCCAGCCUUGGUGUACCCAUUCAUGCGCAGUGUCAUGGAGGCCCCUUUCCCUGCUCCCGGACGCACAAUCACUGUGAAGAGCUUCCUGCCAGGAGCAGGAAAUGAGGUAAUUGAACUCUGCCGUCCGUUGGAUUCCCGGCUGGAACACGUGGAUUUCGAGCGCUUGUUUAAGUGCCUUAGCGUCUGCCACCUGAUCCAGGUGUGUGCCUCUCUCCUGCUGGAAAGGAGGGUGAUCUUUGUUGCGGACAAUCUGAGCACCUUGUCUAAAUGUGGCCAUGCUGUGGUAGCAACACUUUACCCCUUCACCUGGCAACACACCUACAUUCCUGUUCUACCAGCAUCCAUGAUCGAUAUUGUCUGCUCUCCAACCCCAUUCCUUAUUGGCAUUCUUUCUUGCUCCUUACCGCAGCUGCAGGACCUGCCCAUAGAAGAGGUACUGAUUGUUGAUCUUUGUGCUGACAGCUUUCUGCAACAGGUAUCAGACGAGGAUGAGAUCCUACCUCAUAAACUCCAGGCCGCGCUUGUACAGAUUUUGGAGGAACGAAAUGAAAUUUUGUCCCAGGAGCAGAUUUACGCACAAGGUGAUGUAACUCUGAACUCCCUGGUCUCUGAGGCCUUUGUACAGUUCUUUGUGGAGAUUGUAGGACAUUACUCCUUGCACAUGAAUGUCACAGAGAAAGGAGAGCGGGUGUUCCAGCGAGAGCCAUUUAGAAAGUCCCACACCUCCCGCAAUGUGCGCCAUUUCCUGGACCUGUUCAUGGAAACACAGAUGUUUGCAGGAUUCAUACAGGAUCGGGAACUCCGUAAGAGUGGGGUCAAAGGUCUGUUUGAGGUCCGUGCCUUGGAGUAUUUGGAGACCAUUCCGGAGACUGAACCAAGCGGGAUGAACAAAAUUCUUCGCAGUCUGGGAAGUAAAAUGAAAUUUCUUCAAAGGAAGUGAAAACAUGGGUGCUGAAACACUGAUGAAGAGGGAUGUAGUCAUCACUGGGACACAAAGGAGUUUUGCAUACUAAUGCUGCCACCUUGUCCAAAUUGUGUCAGAUGUACUUACUGAGAUGCAGCUCAGUCCAUGGAAAGCUCAAAUACAGGGAGAAAAUGGAAACUAAAAAUGAGUACAAUCCAUCAACUUCCUAUGCCUGGUUUCACUGGAGUGUUGCGGAGGCAACUGGAAAUGGAUGCAGCUGGAGAACUUGAUGCUGGAUACGCUAAUCACCUCAUCCCCACUGAUGGGGAAUUUUAAAGGGGAGCUUUUUCUCUUUGUGAAGCUUCAGACUCCAUAUUUUUGCUGCUUGGCCUGAUGAGCCAUUCUUUAGGAAAAGUUUUUUGUUUGGUUAAAACCAAUUCAGCAUUUAAGGACUAAGCUAAUGUAAUCAUGAGACAGGGCUGUUGGUCAUGCUGGGUCCAGGGAAUGGGCUGUGCAAAUACUGGCGCACACAGAGGGUUCACAGGGCUGCCUCGGGAGCUGGAAAGAUUGCUCUGCACUGCCAUAUGCAUGGUGUAUGGUUUUGAUAGUACCUAGCCAUAUUCUUUGUUGUUUGGUCUGAACUCAGAAAUAACUUCUCAUUCAAUGUAAUUUGUACUUCCUAGUUGUUUAUCACAAAGCUUUACUUUUUUGAAAACCAAGUGAAAAUGUCAGCUUAUUUUCUGCUGAUUUGUCCUAUAUUCUGAUUUCAUACUGCCCAGUCCUCCCCACCCUGCACACAGACACAUGGAAUAUGCUUGUCCUUUACCUUAUUACAUACACUUAACUGCUAUAAGUUUGGUCUGGGUGACUUCCACAAAACGGAACUGCAAUUUUUUGUGAUAAAAUGGCAUCUCUGCGUAGGGAGCCCUAUUAAUUCUUUAAAUGUUGGCAUUAAAAUCAACUGUUUAAUGUUGAAUUGGUGCAGAUGACAGGAAAGUAGCUCAAGGAUGCAGAUGCUGAGCCAGAUGUUUUUAAAAAAGGAUUUUAAAAACAAAUCCUUUCUUCCUCUAAACUUUCUCUCUAGCUACUUUGUUCCUUUAUCAUGGAAUUAAAAAGUUGGACAAAUGACAUUUCUUCCUUUCCUCACCCUUUCCAAACACAGCUAUCUUCGUUCUCUGCUGUUGAGAAAUGUGGAUUCCUCAGCAUCUGUUGUGGGGGAAGAAUAGAUACAGUGGGGGAUAGUAAUUCAAUCCCAUGAUGGUUUGAACAGUUUACAGUAGCUGCCUGGGUUUAUUGUAUAUAUUUAUGCCAGUUAUUUAUACAAAGUAAUUAAUGCUGUUGCCCUAUUAUAUUUAACCAAUUAAUCAAACCAUUCUCUGGGUCUUUGUGGGCCACUGGCUGCAGCUCGAGGCUGGUUUCUGAUGGAGUUCUGUCCCAUAAACAGAUGUUUACAUGUAACUGAAACAGACUCUGACUGAAUGCUGAGUGUGUGUAAUAUACAGUGACUCCAAGAGUGAAGUGAAAAGUCUUCUCUGGUGCGUCAACUUAAGGGCUAUGAGAAAGUACUAGCUAUGGGUGGAGGAGCUGGCACAUGGCAUUCAUGAAAUAGUUUGACACAGCCACAUCGCAGUGAGCAAUUCCUGAUACAGGAUUAUAAACAGACCGAGCUGAUGUUCCUCAGUAGAAGUUUGUCUACAUCUGAAAACAGCUGCCUUAUAAGCUGGCUGUAGGCUAGAGCCUUUUUUCUUUUUCUCCUCAACAAGAAGCCCGGACUGGAGAUAAGUUAGUAGUGUGCAUGGCUGAAUAGGAGAGGUCCCUAUAAAGCCUGGUAGUGGAGUUCAGAGCUGAAGCAGAGGCUUCAAACAUCUCCCAUGCCUGGUUGCUAUUUGUUUUGACAAGAAACUUUAGAUGUGUUAACUCACUUUUUUCCAAUUCUGUUUUAAAGAAAACCAAAAGUUUUAAUCGGUCAGAACUAGUUAUUGGACAAGCUCAUUUUUUAUUAAAUCUAAGCUUGUGUUCAGUUCCAAAAUGUGACAAUACUUAAAACCUAUUAAACCAACUGCCUUUGGGGCC